AUAGUUUCUCACUUUGAGGGUACAAGGGUAAUCACACUCAUCAACCAAGUUGGAUUCAGUGGCUCUUUUGAAGAGUCAAAGAGGGACGUGACCUAUAGAAAUGAUCCUAUGAAGUACGUCGACAGAGAAAAGAAAAAGAAAGGGAAAAAGAUUUACAAAAACUAG